UAUACGACCAUAUAAUCUGGUUGGACCGUUUCUCGAUGGACGACGUACCAUGAAAACGAGAUACACGAUUGGCCUCCGCCUAUUAUAGGAUUCACACUAUCGGCACCGCAUGUUUCAUGACUCGCUACAUCUUUACAUUGUUAGGGAGCGCUUCCGUAUGGAUUCUAAUGACACUGCCGGCGUCCGGGAUCACUUCCGGUCGGGAAUCGGGUCGUUCCUCCUGCCAGCCGAACUCGAGGCCUGCCUCGGUCGGCGUGGCGGCGAGUACCGAUGGUGCUCGCCACGAACUACAAUCUCUAUCAUCUCUUAUGUGGUCUUUGACCUCUUCUAUUCAUUCACUCUUUUUCUUUACUCACAUUUGACCAACACAUAUUUUCCUUACUGUUAUGAUGCAUUUUCAGGAUUGUCUAAUUCGGAUACCUUGGGGACUCGGCAAGGUUGGGAGGCGUGAUUGUGCAUGGCUUUCUGUUCAUUUACUACCAUUAUAUUAAUUUCCUAUAAUUCUGUAUCUUCGUGAUCCUUUUUUCUCGGGACCCACGCUUAGAACUGGCGUUGGCCGUCGGGCCAUGUUUGAAACAAUGUUUCGGCCGCAUGUCGUCUGACUGAACUACAUAUUCCUU